CGGGGCGGCGGCUCUGGGAGCCCCCGAUGGCGUCAAGCGCCGCCCGCGGGCCGCCGUGCCGGGAGCGGAGCGGCCGGGAGCGGCCGGGGCGACGAUCGGGUUCUGCCGGGAGGAGCCGCAGCCGUAGCGGGGAGCGGGAGGGUGACCAGAGAGCGCUCCGGGAGGAGCUGCCGGCGGGAGCUGUGCACGGUGAGGAUGGAGCAGCAGCCGCCAAAUCCCCGAGAAAACCGGGGCGGCCCCGAGCCGGUCCCGACGGCGCGGCGGAGGGGCGCGGCGAGAGCUCCGCCAACGGGGCAGUGGCGGCCCCGCGGGCCGGCGGGCGGCGCGGCAGGAAGGGCAAGGCCGAGGUGCUGCUGCUGGAGCUCUCCCGGGCCCCGGAGCCCCUCCGGGCGGAGAAGGCGCUGGGCGGCGGCGAGGACGGGAACGGCCCCGAGAGCCCGCGGGGCGGGCGGCCCAAGAGGAGGGCGGCCAAGGUGGCCCUGCUGUACCUGCAGGAGCUGGCCGAGGAGCUGAUGCCGGCGUGCCAGCCCCCUGCUCCCGCCGAGGAGCCCGAGCGCGGCCAGAGGAAGCGCCGCAGGAGGAGGAGGAGGGAGGAGGACACGGACAGCGACGACCCCGCCCGGGACGCUGACUUCGUGCCCUCGCAGGAGGUGCUGCAGGCGGAGGAGGAGGAGGAGGAGGGCAGCGACACGCUGCUCAGCGAGGCCUCGGAGCCAGAGCUGGAGGCACGGGCCCCGGGAGGGGCGACCCGGGGGCGGAGGAGAUCCAAGCCCCAGUGCCGAGGCCUCGCCCCCAACGGCUUCCACAACUCCAUCAUGGCCCCAGUGGAGAAGAGCUCCAGCCUUACGUGCAGCCUGCGGGAGCAGAAGCACUCGCAGUGGGAGUUCCCCGACUGGAUCCCAGCAGCGCACAGGUGGACGUGUCUCUCUGACAGCGAGGCUGCCCCGUACCUGCCCGCAGAGGAGAAGUCUCCCCUCUUCUCCAUCCAGCGCGAGGGCAUCAAGGACGAUGGUGCCUUCUACAGGCUGAACAGGUUCAGCUCUCUGCAGCCCCACCCGGAGCGCCGGGAUGUCUCGUUCUUCGUGGGCGGCCCGGUGUGGGCCAUGGCGUGGUGCCCGACCCCGGAGGGCUCCGCAGCCCCGCAGUACGUGGCCGUGUCCUGCCACAGGAGCAUGGAGGAGACCCACAGCGUGUCUGGGCUCCACUCAGGCCCUGCCCUCCUGCAGCUCUGGGACCUGGGCACGCUGCAGACGGAGCAGGGCUCUCCCAACAAGGCCAGGCUGGCCUAUGCCAUCGCUGCUGACCACGGCUGUGUGUGGGACAUGAAGUUCUGCCCCAGCGGUGCCUGGGAGCCACCC